GUUGUGGAGAGAGGUCACGCGCGCGGCCGUCGCGCGCUAGUCGGGCGGGGGUCGCAGCUGGACCGCGAUGGACGUGGUCACGCCGCACAUCAGUUCCGUGCUGAGGACGUACCAGGCCAGCGCGCCGCGCAGCCUGCAGGGCCCGGGCGCCGGCCGGCCGGCGGCGGGCCCCGCGCCCCCGGGCCCCGCGCCCCCGGGCCCCGCGCGCGCUCCGCCGCCGCUGCUGCUGGCGGCCGACGGCGCGGGCGAGCGCGGCGAGACGGCGCUGGAGGGCGAGCGCAUCUCGUGCUUCAGCGUGGGCGGCGAGCGGCGCCUGUGUCUGCCGCAGAUCCUGACGUCGGUGCUGACGGACUUCAGCCUGGAGCAGAUCAACCGCGUGUGCGACGAGCUGCAGAUCUACUGCUCGCGCUGCACGCCCGAGCAGCUGCACGAGCUGAAGGCGACGCGCGUGCUGCCGCGCUCGGCGCCGUCGUGCGGGCUCAUCACGCAGACGGACGCGGAGCGGCUGUGCGCGGCGCUGCUGCCCGCCGCGCGCGCGUGUGCCCCGCUGCCGCCGCCCGCCUUCCGCGUGUACCACGAGUGCUUCGGCGGCGCGCGCGGCCGCCUGGCGCCGGGCCCCGCGCUGGUGCAGUGCGCCGACUGCCGCGCCGUGUUCGCGCCGCGCCGCUUCGUGGCGCACUCGCACGCGCCCGAGCACCGCACGUGCCACUGGGGCUUCGACUCGGCGCGCUGGCGCCGCUUCCUGCUGGUGAGCGAGGACGAGCGCGACCGCGGGAAGUGCGAGGCGCUGCUGGACCAGCUGUCGGCGCGGGAGGCGGCGCCCGCGCUCGGGUCGCUGAAGCACCACCUGCCGGUCAAGAGGAAACAGUUGGUGGAUGCUGUUGUGGUGAAACCUGAACCUCCAGACUCACCUCCGAAGAAGGUGAGGAGCGAAGACUUCGGCUACGCGCUGUAUCUGGACCCUUAUGCUCAUCUUCGGUACCGAACAGUGCCAGCAUUCAGGCCCUGGGGCAAAAGGGAGCCCCAGCUUCAAAACCCUGAACGUGUCGUCCGUGUUGCGGAUUGCCCAAGGUUUGAGCACGACUACCAGCCGAAUGUGGCUCUCAAACCCCUCACUCCGCCUGUGGAUGACGUCACAUCUUCCACAUCCCCUCCACCUUCAGACCCUGAGCUAACGGCGAGGCUAUUAGACGCCGAAGCGAGACUGACCGAACGUGAGCGAAGACUCGACGAAAGAGAGGCCGAACUAGUGCGGCGAGAGGCUCGGUUAGAAGAAAGGGAGAGAGAAUUGCAGCGGCGCGAAUUAGCUGUAGGGGAAAAAAAGACAGAGACAGAGCCGAGUGAAUCCGAUCCGCCGUGUUGACCAACACGAGUGAGUUCUGUGGAAGUGAUUUGAUGAACGCUUUACGCGUCGCCAGAGUACAAAACCCUGAGGUGCUGUUUGAACUGUAUGGCGCUUCUGGAGCCACUGGCCGUACUGGGAUAUGUUUCUGCUAACGACAAGAUCUAUCUGUAAAGUCAUCUAGAACUGCUGUUUUUGAUAAUCUUAGAUAUUUAUUGAAGAAUGUUAUCUUGUUUAAGAAUCUAAUAUUGAAAUGAAGGCGAAGUGGCUCUUUGCCAGAGCCAAUAAAAAAAAACUAUCCGGUAUCGUAAUACCAAGAGUCUCAAGUGGUUAAAUAUAUGUUACGCAUGUCUUAGGUAACAUCACUAAGAAUGCAAGAGGUGUGUUUUGUAGUUUUAACACAGAUUACGUGUAAAUAGCCAGAGCACAGUCCCAAAAGAUAGCUAAUUCUGUUUAGCAGAAUCAUAGCCCAACAAUAAACGGUUGUUAUUUAUAUAUUUAUUACUUAAAUCUGCAUCUACAAAGGUGUAUUCAAUUAUAUAUCUAGUAUCGAUAUUAAUAUAUCCAACUUGUACAUAACUAAACAAGUACAGUUUUAAGUGAAUUAAGAUUAUUUUCUAUUGUUUUACAGGUUUUUCGUGUGCCAUUAUAUAUAAAGGUUGCGUUACCUUCCCCUAAAACCUCACCCAUGCUUCUUUCAAUACUCACUUUAAUAUAAAUAUACCGUAAGCAUAGACACUACAACCAUAAGCAUAAUUUUUACAGGGUUACAAUAAGUUCUGUACAACUUUAUACAUUUACCGUUUUCUUAUGUAAAUAAGCUGCCAAAAUUUGUCAUAAUAGUUAGCUGUACAUUAAAAGUAUUUAUAAAAAACCUCAAAUAUACCAAAAACGUUAAUGAGGCUGGCCACAGACAAUUAGAAUUGCGAUUCUUCUUUCAAAAUUUAUUAAUUUAUAAAAUUACCAUUGAAAUCAAAUACUAACUCUUUAAAGAUGGACAUGAUGUAGACAGAGAGUGUAUAUUUACUGAAUUUAUAAUUUGAAUUUAGAUUCUGUGUCUUAGUGGAAGGUAAUAUUUAAUUUAUUUUGGUAAUAUUGUCUCAGAAUACUUAUUCAUAAAAAGGAUUGAUGUAAGCUGUAUUGGGAAUGACAUGAAUCAAAAAUUCGGUUAUCUGUGGCAUCUCAAUACAUGACAUCAAUCAUUACCUCCACAAUGGUUGUACAUUUCUAAUUAUCUACAUAUAAUAUAUCUUAUUUCUUCUGUUAUUUAUUAAGCUACAUAAAAUUCCAUUGAAUAUGUUAUUGUUAGAAUUGUGAAAAUUUUUGAAGUUAACAUUAUCCAUUGGGUUUGGAAUAAAUGUGUUUGCCAAAUUUCUAGUUGGAAAAUAUUAAAACAAACAAUAUUCUAACGGUUGUUAAGUAUUUCAAUGUUAAGAACUAUGGCAUUUAGGAAUCAUAUUCCAGAGUAAGUUUUUGGCAAUACCAAUAAAUCGGUAUUGCGUGAUAAGAGAUCGUUAAAUAUGAACAUUAUUAUAUUACGGUAAACUGACUGUGUUUACUUAUGUUGGACGAUACUACUAGAAGUUUGGUGAAUAAUUAAUUCUUGUACAUUGCUAAUUAUAAUGUUCAGGCCAACAAAAUUAUGGCGGGUUUAUCCCGUAUUUCUACCUCAUUGUAUAUUAAUAUAUUUGGCUAAAAAAUUAAUGUAAGCGUACACUUUAUUUAGUAUACAUAAAGUGUGCUUUGGAGCAAUAAUGAAUAAACAGAGUGAAAUAAAAUCUCACUGCCUGAAUAAUAAAGUGAUGUUUUCUGUGUAUUUUAGAAUGUAUACAAUAAUAAUUUACAUUGUUACAUUUUUAAAGUAAUAAGAUAUAGUGUGUAUGUUUGGUUUUACAAAAAUGUAUCGCAUUGUAUUGUUACUAAAGACACCUCUAGCAGAAAUAUUAUGAAAUGAGUUUUCAUAUAAUUAAAACUAGAUGGCGCUUUUAACAUUAAUGUAACAUUAGGUUUUUUAAAAUACAAAUUAUUGUAUUUAAAAGGAAUAUUGCUUAGAUAAUUUAUACGUCUAGAUAGUAUCUUGCUGUUAGACAACCGAUAAAAACAGGCCAGGUAUAUUAGUUUAGUGGUUGUGACGUUUUCAUAGCUUUUAUAGUCUGUCUAGAUGUAUAAAUGAUCUAAGGUUUAUUGAUUUCCACAUUAAGGGUUCUAUUUCGAUAUAUUAACUUCAUCACAUGUUAGUAAUAUCAACUGGAGUAUAUAGCACACUAAUAUACACAUAAUGACGUUAGUGCAUUUCCGUAGUUUAAUGUGAUAUAACUUACGUUAGCCAACUGAAUUUACCACUUAUUUCUUAUAGUUAUUAUUUUAAUUACAUUGUGAUUCUUAUGUAAAUAUUUAUUAUAUAUUUUAAUUUUAUUAGUUAUGUGUGAUUUGCAAUAAAUACAAUUGUUUUAUAUUCAUAUUCAGUAAAAUGAGUUGUCGCAUAUUAAAGGCAGGUUCUGAAUAUCAAUUGUGACUUGAAUUAAUAUUAUUUCUAAUUUGUACUUGUUCGUUUAUUCUUUUUUAUAUUGUUUUUACCAAUAGCGCUAUGGUGAAUUUAUGUGAACCGUACAAUGUUCUGUAAAAAAUUCAAAAGAAUCAGUAUAUAACUUUAUGUAAUUUUCAAUUUUAAUGAAACGAACGUUCGCUUUUAAUAUUUAUAAAUUUUGUUUACUUUUUUAUUGAUGACAAGUAACAAUAGCAUAAAAAAUUAUUUUCAGAGCUUGUGUUUAAUAUGUUUUUUAUGAUUUCUUUUGUAUUGUCCACGCCGUGAUGCGAGUUAGCGCCCUCAUUGGAGGAUCGAAUUGUGAAAUAAGAUUUCGCUGUAAUAAUAUUUGGCAAAGCUCAAAUGAUUGAGGUAGUUGUUUUUUUAAUUGGAUAUUUUAUUCUUUUAAAAAGUUACACAGAGUGCUGUUAUGUUGUAGAUAGUGUUUUUGUAAGGCGAAUAUGUAUUCUAUAGUACCUUGGUGUCCGUGACCAAACGUAAAGUUCACUGUAAUGUUGGCAGCAAUGAAAUUACUGCUGUUCAUUGACCUCUACUAUAUACCACUGGACUGGCGGCUGUCAAAGUGCUGUUAUGCCUAUUGGAUAUUCGCCAUUUUGGCGCUGUUGGCCAUGUAGCGAGAGUCUGCGGUAAUAAAACUAGUGAUGACAACCUCAGCAAACAUCGAUAGAUGGUGGGGGAAAAAGUUGAUUAUUGAAGAAUAAAAAAACACUGAAAACGAACGAAAUUAAUUCAAAGUGCAAAAAUAGUUCAGAGUAUUGUACGUUGCUUCGCAGCCAUUUGCAUUAUACGUCAAAAUUAGUUCUCUCGUCGCUCGCGAGUGGUGCUUCAAAUAGGCACAAAAUAUUUACUGUCAAACUUAUGGAACAGCCUGUCCAGUGGUAUUUAUACAGGUCUGUGGUGCUGUUUGACAUUUAAUGACAAUUAGUUGAUCCAAUAACAUAGCUAUCGAUACAUGAAUUUAGAUGAACAAGCCCUAGGAAAAAUGUAUUAGUAAUCUUUUUUUAUAACCAAUACAGGCUUUUAAGGCCAUGUCUGUCACAUGCAGCGGCGGGGCUGUAAAAAUACAUAUUGGUCUUAUGGAACUUAAGUUGUUAUAUUGAAUUUUAGUGUAAGAGCCAUCUCUAGUCAGAGACGUUUCGAGAAAUAAAUUACCAUUUACUUUUUGUCGUAAUUUAAUACUUAAGUACCACAGAGAAGUGUAAUAACUUAUUUUUAAUAGUGUUUAUAAGGAAGUGUAUGUCUGUACCUUUUAUAGGAUGUAUUGUUUAGUCUAUUUCAAGAGAAUUUAAUAAAAAUUGUAUUCAAGGAAACCUUAAAAAGCAUUUGUUGUAUAAUUAUUUACUCAAAAUUUUUUUUUUUCAAUGUACCCUACUUAUUAUUUGAGAGUUUUGAUAAACUGAAGAUUUUUAAUCAAAAUAUUCUUUUAUUUAAGUUACGUUGAUAAUUUAACGAUAAAUUCUAUUGAAAUAGACUGAAAAUGAAACUUUUCUGUCAGUAUGUUACAUUAGUUAACACAUUUGGUGCUAUGAUGUUUUUGGCUUGGCUAACCUAGUGUUAAAUUGUAUAUAACGUAUUUAUUAGUUAUUGGCAUCUACUUUCGUUCGUUACUUUUCAUGGCCAAGCCAUUGUGAGCUUUGCUCUGGAUGAAGCUGUGUUUCUAUCUUUUAUUUAUGCCUACUAUUACAUUGCAGUGUGUCGCGGAGCAAAAAAUAAUUUCUAGACUUGAUUGUUUGCGCGUCCUGAAUGAUAUAAUCUUAGAAUAUGUAUUGGUCACCGCUGUGCUCAAACUAGAUACCGCACUACCUAAGAACAAUAGCUUUUUUAUAACGGCAACUUUUAGAUGCUUGCGUGCGUGGCAUCAUGCCACUUAAUGGCAUCCUUCAAAAUUUGUAACAUACGCUCAUGUUAUUUUACAUUGAAAUUAAUAAAAAGUUUGACAAAACAUGUCAUUGUGAAACGUCAAUGUCACACAUUGUUCGCCACGAGGCCACACGAGACUGGCUGGAGUACGCCUACGGGCGUAGUAUUAAUUGCCGCACUUUACGAAUAUGCCUGCGCCAUCUAGUUGGAGCGUAGCGGAGACCAAUCAUUUAUCUAAGGAUAUUAUAAUAAAGAUAUGUCACAUAAACUCACAAAACAUCAGUGACAGCAGAUUGAAAGAACUGUCACUGUCAAACUUAAACUACAGUUACUAGCUGUCAAAAUGCCCCCGUGUCACGCGAUGCGUGUGAUAGUGACAUAAUAUCUGUUCUAUUUACUUAUAAUAUCAUUGCUGGGCGCGAAACGUAAGAGGGAGAAGAUUUGUCUGUAAGUGACUGAAAAUAUUUUCUGCUAUGCGGGAUCUAUUUGCCAGUAGCGCUGUUGGCACGCGGGAUCUGUUUCUUAACACAUUGCUUACGUUCAACCUCCAAAUAAGUGGAAUAAUCAUCAGCUGUAAUGUGUGUGAGUGAGAGGGCAAUAUCGGCACUACUCUUCCCACUUGUUAUAUCUUUAUAAUGCAAUGUUUUAUAACAAACUACGCGUGCUUAUAUCUUUAGUGGUGACAAUUUAGACGGAGCAUAAACCAGGGAGUGUACUUUAUGUUACUUGUUUGACGAAGCCACAGUAAGAGACUUAAAAAAAAAUAACUGAUUAUAUACUUCAGAAUCGACAUUACUGAAGGCCAAAAAAUGAUCUUUGCAUUCAGAAUCAAAUCAAAGAGCUUCUUUGAUGAAAUUUUAGUUGUAUCGAGUUUUGUUAAUUAUUAUAAUGAAACUAUGGGAUUGGUUUACUUAUCACCGAACAGGAUAAGUUUAGUUGGACGUCUUUUUUAUCGUUUAUCGUGUCCCUUUUAUAAAUAUUUGACUGUGAAUCCUUUGGUUAAAGUUAUUAUUCUUUGAUUUGUGAUAGUAUUAUUGUAUAAAGAUUUUUGUAUUGGUUAUAACCAUGACAAUUUCCAAAAUGUGGAUACAUUUUAGAUUGUUUUAAAAUUUAAUAAGCCCUUUUAAAAAUCUCAGUGAUAGAUAAACAGCUGUGCUUAUUUAAUUUAUAAGUUAAUUAAUAAAUAAGUAAACCUUUUUGGUAAACAUUAAUCUCUCUCUAGUUUAUGCUCCGUUAUUCUUGCAAUAGUAUGUAGAUUUUGUUUGUAUCGAUGGAAAAGUUUCAAUACUCUCACUGUCUUGUAUAUUCGGAAGAUUUAGGUGUAUUGGAGCGAUUGUAUUUAAUUCUAGCCAUGUCUUACCAUUCAUUCAUUUAUCUACAGUUAUCAUUACACAAUAUUUUGAAUUAUCUCACUUUUCGGUUUUUUUCAAUAGUGUUACUCUUUGUCGCCCUUGGGUGCGUUAUGGGAUAGUAAACGCCGCCAUCUUGAAAAAGUAGUGCGUCAUUGUUUUAGCUGCGCGGGCACCGAGCUUUUGACAUAGGUAAACUUGUCAAAUAUUAGCUAUACUUACUGAAUGGUGGAAGCCACAAAUUGCCUACCAUUAAAUAAUUAAGUAUACAAAUAUAAAAGUUUUGGCAUUGUUUUGCAUUUUACAUUGUCAAGGAUUUAUGAGGUUAUUUUAUCAUUAACCAUCAAAUGGACCUUAAUGUUUAGUGUCGAUAGCUUCGUAACAGCUUAUUUACAUAUUAUACAUUGUUGUAGAUAUAGUACUUAAAAAGCAUGCACAUAUAAAUCAUAUUCAUCAGUAAAUCCGCUCUAAAGAUUACGUAAUAUUAGUUUGCCAGUUAACUUGUCCGUUAUAUUAUACUAAUUAAUUUAUUAAUAUUACGCCACUCUUUUCCUUAAGUAAAAGUGUAGAGAUGAAUUGGAUAAAUUAUCCAUUUGGGCGAGAAAUACUUCUUCUGAUAAUUUCAAAACAUGCAGGAGUUGAGUUAUGGGUUGUUAUUAUCGGUUAUAAGACAGUGAGCAGUAUAAUUAAUGUAAAUAUUGUAUUAUCGUAAUGUUCGAGAACGAAUGGCGGGCUAUUGAACCUUCAUUUACUAGAUAAGGCGCUACACUUUGUUACUGUCUUCUAUAUUGUUUUAAAUUAGUCUAAAGACAUUAUAUAACAUAUUAUUAGGUUUAUUUCGACGUUUUGUACAAUUUAAUUACUUAUGAUUCGGACUAAAAUGAGAAUAAGAUGUAUUAGUGUUGGCAGCUCAAUACUUCGACGUACCUUGAGUUGUUUGUACACUAACGUUUAUUUUAAUCAUCGAAUUGUUUUAUUUUAUGAACAGACGGAACUAGUAGUUACAACUUAAAAAUCACCUUCCAGGUUGGCCACAACCUGGAAGGUGAUUUUUAAGUUUCGAACGCUCGAUCUUACGAAGAAUGGCCGAGAAUAAUUUGUCACACACGACAUUUUUUGACAGUGGAUUAUUAAACUACUCUGAAAAUGUUUUUCAGUAUAUGCUAUUUUAAAAUUACCACAAAAAGUAGUUUAUCAGCUGAACACAUAAAUGGAGAAAAAAAAACUAUGUCAAUAAUAAUCGUGGGAUAAUCCCACAAAAAUAGCAAAUCAUUGAAAAAUUUCGCUUCUUCGCCUUAAGUUACGCACCUCCCACUUGGAUUUCAUAAUUUUAGGCAGGAUUUUUGAAAGAAUUAAUUCUAAUAAAUUUAUUUUCCAGUUCUAAAAACUGGAUAUUGAAUUGGAUUGGAUUCAUGCGAAUAAUAAUCGCGACUUUGUUGUGUGUGACAAUUAAAAAUCACUUCCUGAUAUAGCGCCAUCUAUCUAUGUAAUAUGAACAAAGUCGUAACGCAGUACAAAAGUAUGAGCUAAAUUACGGCACUGUUCACAUUACUCAACGCUCUGAGACUAAGGCUGAGAUCUAUAGAGUGUACACUUUGGUCAGACUAAAACUUAGCUAAGUGUGAGAUUAGCAUAAUCUUUGAUUUCGUUUUUAUAGCCAUUUGACUGCUGAGCUUAUGCGAAGGCAGCCCAAUGCAAAAGGUAAGUUCGCGUUUUAUUACAAUCAGAAAUGUUUUACGUAAGUACGUUCUAAGCUACGUCUAUGUGAGCUCUAUACAUCCCAGCCUACGGAAACAUAUUUUGUGACUAUUUUUCAAUACAAGACACUAUCUAGUAAGUGCUACAGAGUGCGAAGUGUGAUUUUUUACCUAUUCGAUCGCGUAAAAGUUAACUACGAUUUGUAUGGCGUCGAAAGAGCGCCAUCUAGUGAAAGUAGAGGAAAACGUAAAAAUCUCACAUAUAAAUCCGACAACAAUAAGCGGAAAAUCAAAACAGUAUGACACAGAAUAUAUCCUUGACAUUCAGUUUUCAAAUUGUGUAAUUUUUGGAAGAGGAAAUUGCUGAGAACGACAUUAAUUUUGUCGGAUCUGCAAUUGUUUUUAUCGUACUGAUGAAUGUCUUGCCCGGGUUAGCGUGACGGUACGCUGUUUUGUAAUUUUUAAAUCUGAAAAAGGCCUCAGUUAAUGUUUCCUAUUAAGACGGAGAUUUAUAGAGCGAACUUAAACUUUGCUAAGACUUUACUCGCGUAAAACUUACCUGAAUGUGAUAAAACGCGAACUUGGCUUUUGCCCGUCUUAGCUUAAGCUAAGUUUAAUAUAAGAUGUCAAUUCAGUAUAAAAACGUAAAGAAAGAUUACACUGAACUUAUACUCAGCCACGUUUUACGUAAGUAAAGUCUGAGCAAAGUGUGAGUUCUAAAGAUCUCAGUGUCUCAUGUGCAGGUAAUGAAUAAAAUAAUGUUCUGAUGCAACAACGAUAGUGUUGUUUUGGUGAAAGUAUUGAAUACACUACGUAUAUAAGAUAGAAAUAAAGGUUUCGUCAAGAUUUUCCAGGCUGUAUUGUACUCCUGUGAUCUCAGUGGGAUGUUUGUUUAUUACAAUAUAUUGUACUCUUUCAAAAAGAUGCUACCACUACAGUCUCAAGAUUAAAUAUUUAUAGUUAAA